AAGGGGGCGAUAGUGGGUCAGGUCUGUUUUGUUGAGCAAUGUCAAGGUGCAACGAAGAGGAAACGAAAACGAACUAUUUUCAUCAGCGCCAUGUCGAAAAGAAAAGUCACAUUUGAGGACGGAAACGGGGAGCUGGACCUGGAAGAUGACGGCCUGAGUAAAAAGGUGAAGCAGAACUUUGAGGCCGUCAGUGGACCAGGCUCCAGAUUUAAAGGUAAACACUCCCUGGACAGCGAUGAAGAGGACGACGGCGACGGCGCAGAGAGCAGCAAAUACAAUAUUCUCGACACUGAUGAUGUGGAGGGCCAAGAAGGAGCGACAAUUGACUACGACGAAGGAGUUUCCAUUACGCCUUUUAAUCUGGAAGAAGAGAUGCAAGAAGGACACUUUGACUCCGAGGGAAACUAUUUCAUCAAAAAGGAAACACAAAUUAGAGACAACUGGCUUGACAACAUAGACUGGGUGAGAAUAAAAGAGCAGCCUUUCAAAAAAAAAAAGAAAGGCCUUGCAGCCAAACGGAAACGCAGAGCUGGCGAUGAGGACGAGGCUGAGGAAGAAAAACAGAGAGAAGAGCAGCAGGCCGACCAGGAAGAUGAGGAGGAAGAGGAGGCCGAGCCGGCAGAGGAUCCGCUGGCGUCCUUAACGCAGCAGCAGCUUACCGAAGCCGUAAUUGAGUUGUUGCAACCCGGAGAAACGGUCGCUACCGCCCUCCGGAGGCUGGGAGGACUCAGUGGACGAAAGAAGGCGAAGUUGGGGGAAGACAAAGAUCCCACAGAGGAGCCUAACCGGGACACGGAGAAGCUCGACAGGCUCACAGCGUUGGCGGACAGACUGGUCGGAUCCGGGAUGUUUGAAAUUUACCAGCAGACGUAUGAAAAACUGGCGUACAUGAUGAAGAGCAUGACCAGCAAGCGGCCGGCGGUGGAGCAGAAACGGAGCGGCGGUGAGAAGCAAGACGACGAGCUCGACAUGUUUGGGGACAAGUUUGACGAGAAGGUUGGAGAAAAGUCCGAAAACAAAGACGAGGAAGACAAAAGAGUGAGUGAUGAAGUCAUGUGGGAAUACAAAUGGGAGAACGAAGAGAAGUCUGAAAUCUACGGGCCCUUCACCAGCGAACAGAUGCAGGGUUGGGUGGAUGAAGGCUAUUUCAGCAGCGGCGUCUACUGCAGGAGGGUGGAUCAGGGGGGAUCUCAGUUCUACAACUCGAAAAGGAUUGAUUUUGACCUCUACACAUGAAUCAUGUGCAUCAGAUGAAUCACAACCAAUGUUCUGUGUCAGCAUUUCCUGUUUUACAGGCUUUUUUUCUGAGUUUUUGGUGUAAAUGGAAUAUUUUAACUCUGCCUUUUGCUUUCUGCAAGUUGUUUUUAAAUAAACUUUUGUCCUGGUCUGGAUAGAGGUCAUGUUAUGGGUGGUAAAUAUGUACAUUUUCAAAAUAAAAAAUCCAAAUGGCAGAAUAUCUUCAACAGCAAUUUAAA